AUGAAAUUAUGGUGCCUGUUUGUCGUAUUCUUAAUGCUUACCAUCUCGACAUCUUUUGUUUAUUCCAUUGAUUCUAAAAUAAUAUUAAAUCCAUCAAAAAAUAUCAAACAAACCCCAUCAAAUUUGCAAUUAUCGUCGUUCGUGGAAAAAGAUCGAUUGUUUGCCAAACGUUCACAACGUAAUGCAAAUAUUCUCUAUCGGUAUUGUCGACAAUCUGGUCAGGCACGACAAUUUUGUCUAAAAUAUGCUGUUCAAAUGCUAUAUGCUACUGGACAUUGA